AUGCAGUGGACAGGCUGUCCGCUGAAGGCACAGUUGUGCCAGCAGGCGUGGCGAGAGCUGGAGACGGCGCGCAAGCACCUCCCUACUGCAGCCACCACCCAUUCCUUGGAGAUUGCGGUCACGCUCCUGUGUGACGAUGGCGAAGAAGGAGAAGGGCUGCUGUCCGCGAAACCCUCACAGUCACAUCACCAGCGAGAAGAAGCCGUCUUUGUUUCAACUGCCAGCAAGGGCCACGACGAUCGUCUUGAUAAUAACCACAACCACCACCACAAUAACGGCCACGACAACCACCGCAGCAGGUCUGAUCACGUGCGCGACACUGCAACCGCCGUUACCCGAACCGACGCUCACAAAACCAGCAGCAACGCUGACGCAAACGGCGACACUCAGCGAAGCAACGUCACCGCCCGCGAACCCGAUGACGCAGUUGGAGACCCGCGGCAACCUUACCUACCCUCACACCAAGACCAACCCCAGCACGAACGCAUUCGACGCGAGUCGGCGUCGCCCCUCUCAAGGACCAAUGACCAGGACACCCGUGACGUCCAGGUGGCGGAGUGCGUGCUGACGGACGUCUUGAAUCAGGCUUGUGCUACACCUCCCAAGGUCACCACGCUCACCAUCGUCCUGCCCGAGGAUAGCCCGCCAACCGCAGACGUGACCAAGGCCUUUGAGGCCUUGAACAUCAACGGCUCUCUCAACCAUCUCAUCAUCAGGGGCAGGCGCAUCGAACACACCCUGGAGCUGCCGACCUUGGAGGCAAACGUCCUCCACCACAUGUUCAAUGCAACCACAUGGCGCUCCGUCAAAAGCAUUGAGAUGCGGGACUUUGAGCUCAAGAGCGACUUCCACUUUGCCAGUUUGCGCCAGUUUCAUAGCCUCGAGGUGUUGAACGCCACCAACGCCAACCUCCGCUUCCUGCGGCGAAACGAAGAUCAGCACGCGGAAGAGCACCAGUUUAAUAGCACCCUCCGCACCAUUACGCUGGUGCGCUGCGGCCUCACCGGCCUCUCCUCCACGGUGCUACAUGGCCUGACCGCUCUGGAGCGCCUCGAUCUCACCUCCAAUGCCCUGAGGACCCUGGACAACGCCACCUUCAACGGCCUCACUCGCCUGUCUACGCUGGUUCUCGCAGGCAACCGGCUCCCUCGCCUGAAUACCGCCAUGCUGGCCCCACUCGGGGCGCUCACCCACCUUGAUCUCGCCGACAACCGGCUGGAGCAAGUUGCACAAGGGGACGUCACGCUCAAGGGGCUUUCGCGCCUGCAGUACCUCUCCUUGGCAGGAAACCGCAUCACCAAGCUGACGCCAGCCAUCCUGGAGCCCUUGGUCAGCCUCAAGGUGUUCACGUUCAGCGCCAACCGCAUCACCAACAUCACGGAGCCCUUCCCCAAGAACCUGACGCAGCUCACCUCGCUUGACCUGAGCGGCAACAGCCUCAGCGCCAUUCCCAACACACACUUUCGCAACCUCACCGCCCUCACCGCCCUCAACCUGGCCGACAACUUGCUCACGCGCGUGUCCAACGCGCUGCUUGGGGUCACCGGGCUCACCAUGCUCAACCUCGGCGGGAACCCACUCGGCGCCAUCCCAGCGCCAGUCCGCUCCAUGCACGCGCUGGAAAUCCUUCUUCUCAACAACAUCAACGGUGCAACCAGAGGCCGCUCUGGUGCGGGCGGCUGCCGCCACUCGAAUGAGGCGCUCUCGCUCAAGGAAUUUGAGGAGGCAGACAGCACCGAAGAUGACAGCAACCACAACAGCCACAACAGAAACCUGGAUGCGGUGGAUGGCGGUGGUGCCCCAAGCGAAAGCGAGGCGCUACUGCUUGCUCCAGAGCAACCAGCCAGCAACAGCCUGCACACGCUUGACCUGAGCGGCAACGGAAUCACGCAGCUCCCCGACGCGUUCCUGAGCACGCUGGGCAACCUUGCGCACCUCAACCUGGCCAACAAUUGCCUCACCAAAGUGUCUGCUGAGGCGCUGUCCCGCGCCACCCGCACGGAGCUGCUGGUUCUGAGCAACAACGCCAUUGCACACAUUGAGGCCGACGCGUUCAAACGCAUGCAGCAGCUGACCACCCUCAGCCUGGCAAACAACCAGCUCACCUCUGCUAAACAGGCCCUGGUGCAAUCGCUCAAGACCCUCAGCCUCGCCAACAACAAGAUCUCAGACCCCGUCAACUUUGCAGACCUGCCGUCCAACUUGGAGGUGCUGUCCCUGGCCAACCACCGGAUUCUCGAGGUGUCCAUCGGCAGCGAUGUGCGCCUGCUGCCACUUCGCGAGCUGGAGCUGAGCGCAAGCCCUGACACCAAGCACACCCCGCGCCUCGUCAUCGACAAGCAGGUGUCCGCGCCAAACCUGACAGCCCUCACACUGGAGAACAUGUACUUUGAGAAGCACACGCUCAACAACGUCAAGGACGCCCACCUGAUGAAGCUGCACAUUGGCCACAGCAUGUUCAACGACAAGACCCUGCCCAUCCCCUCCCUGUGCCACCUCUUCGACAGCAGCAGCACCGGCGUUGUAAACGAGCUCAAGCUGGUUGGCACCCGGCACAAGACGGUUGACCUUUGCACCACCAACAGCAACAACAGCGACAACGAUGACAGCGCUGGUGGUGGUGGUGGUGGUGAAGAUGGUGAUGGUGGUGAAGAUGGUGGUGGUGGUGAAGAUGGUGGUGGUGGUGGUGGUGGUGAGGGCAAGAGCAGCAGCAAUGACAGCAGCAGCAAUGACAGCAGCAGCAACAACGUUGUGUUUGAGAACGUGUACAUCAUCCACAACCCAGAGCUGACAACCGUCCACAUUGCGUCAGACCUCCACAUCCUCAACGUGUCCCAGUGCCAGAAGCUGACCACGAUUGACGUGCCCAAGGUGUUCACGCUUGACAUCAGCGGCACAAACUUCAACAACCUGGUGGAGUUGUGCGACACGCUUGGCCACUCGCGGCUUUUCAUGCGCGAGCUCGCGUCCAUGCCCGAGCUGCUACAAGACAGCCAGCGGCAACGGCUGGACAGCAUGCUUGAGCGCUGUGUGCACAACACGCAGGUGUUUGACAUCUCCAACAACACGGUCUUGCGAGACCCGAGCCUCCUCAACGCUGCGCUGCCGAGUGUGGAGGUGGGCAGGGACCAGGGCGCGUGCAUCAACGCCGACAACGCAAACGUCAUCACCGUCUUCAUCACCGACAACAUGCCCGUCUCCUGCCAGCUCAGCCUGGAGCUGCGCGCCGGCCGCAGCACGCUGUGGGACGAGACAAAUGUGAACGAGCUCAUUCCAGCAGGAGGCACCAGCCACCGCAGCACCAACCGCACCAACACCGAGGCACAGAGCCUGGCGCAGUCAGCACUGGUGUACAGUUUCGCUUGCGAUUGCGCCCAAGGCCACCACCUGGCCGGCAGCACGUGUCGGCCCAACCCCGCACUGACGACCGAGGCGAUUGUUGGCAUUGUGCUCGCCAUUGUUGCCACCAACGGGCUCCUGGUGCUGCUGUACGAGUGCCACUACAAGCCCGUGCGGCGGCUGCGGCAGCGCGGCGACCUGCAGAAACAGCUGCUGGAGGCAAAGGACGAGGAGGUGAUGCAGCUGAAGCGCGCGUGGUACAUUGGCUUUGAGGAACUGCACAUCACGAAACGCAUCAGCGCGGGCACGGCCACUGGAGACGUGUAUCUGGCCCGCUGGGACAACAUCGACGUUGCCGUGAAGAUCCUCAAGUCAUCCAACGGGCUAUGCACGGACACCAGUGGCAAUGGUGGUGAUGGCGGUGACAUGGGUGCGCCUGACUUUGCUGCCGACUUUGAGAAGGAGUUGGACUUCCUGCAGCGCACGCGGCACCCGAAUCUCGUACGCUUCUUUGGAGCAGGCACAAAGCCUGGCUCCGGCGCUCCCUUUCUCGUGCUCGAGUUUGUGUCGCGCGGCACGCUGGAGGACCUGCUGCAGGCUGAUAUGGCCGCACUGCUGGCGGCGAGAGAACGCAGUGGCCGUCGUGGUGGUGGUGGUCGCGGGGGCAGCGUGAAACGGCGUGGGAGUGUUGCUGGACGCCUUGGCAGCCUGGUGCUUGGCGGUGCACGGCGCAACAGCAGAGGCGUGCCCAACACCUCAGACACGGUGCCGUUGCUCGUCAACCGCGAGGAUGGCGAUGGCGAGCGUGCUGGAGGCGGUGAGACACGCGUGGUGAUUGAUGCUGCUGCUGCUACUCGAAACAGUGGUGGUGGUGGUGCUGGUGAUGGUGGUGGUGGUAGCAACACGCGGCAUCGAUCCAACAGCGUGUGGUCGCACGGCGAGGGUAUUGCUGUUGCAGAGGAGGAUGAUCUUGUGCACGUGACUGCGUUUUGCAACACCACGGCACGACCUACCACCGUGUGGGGCCUGAAGCUGCAACUCGCACAAGACGUCGCCAAUGGCAUGAAGUUCAUUCACUCCCUCGGCCACGUACACAGGGAUUUGAAGAGCGCGAAUGUGCUGGUGACGGACAGGCUACGGGCCAAGAUCACAGACUUUGGCACGGUGAAGCUGUCGCAACAGAAAGGCAUGGACGUGCAGACACUGCUGCAGCGCGACCGAAAGUACUCUGCGAGCGUGGUGGCAGAGUCCAUGGCAUGCGGUGUUGGCACGCCCGCGUACAUGGCCCCGGAGGCCCUGGCCGGCACGGCAAACGACGCAAAGGCAGAUGUGUUCAGCUUUGGCGUGCUGCUGUGGGAGAUUGCGACGCAGCGGCGGCCAGACCUGAUUGAGCAGGAGUGCCCCGUGUUCGGUGGGCCCCUCAACUCCAAACUCAUCAGUCUCUUGGAGGAAGGAAAGCGGCUCCGCUUUCCCGAUGACACAGAUACGCCUGCGUGGUACCAGGCGCUGUGUGCAGACUGCAUGGAGCAGAAUCCAAACGCGCGGCCACACUUCUCCGCUGUUGAAGAGCAACUCAGCAUUUCCCGCGCACAGCUCGCCAACAGGAACAGCGCCGCCUAGACGGGACCUCACUUCCCCUUGCCGCUCCUGUGGUCGCUGUUGAUCACUUGUUGUUGCUUGACCACUUGUUGUUGCUUGAUCAUCUGUUGUUGCUUGCCCGUAUUGCUUGCUCUGUUGACCCGUUCAUGUGCGCUGGUGCACCUGUUGCUGUAGUUGUCGCAGCUGCACGCUGCCGGCGUGCCCAUUCAGCCGGCGUGCCCAUUCUUGCAAUUUCUGCC